GCCCUUUCGCCGGCGACUAAAUCGAUUAUUUUUUUUCUCGAAAACUUCGUUGUCGUUGUCAGUCGCUCGUCUCUCAUGAAUCUUGUCAAAUUUGCGAGUCGUCUUCCUCGUUGUUUAUAAUCCCAUCAAGUUCCGCGAUGUUAGGAGUCAAGAAAAUAAUAACUUUGUUCCUCAUUUUUGUCAUCGAUAAUGCUCUUUGCGAUGACAUUUUCGAGCUUUUUCGUCGCGAAGAUCCGUGCGUAGCGUUGUGUGAAAAAUCUCCACAAACUAUUGUUACAAACGAGUAUGAGAAGUCCUGCUGUCAACGUGGAUGCAGAUUCUUCAAUCUAGUCGAUCUUCGUCAGGGUCUUGUCGCUGUCAAUACCUUGAACAGCUCCAAAGAUGCUUGCGAAUCAUCUUGUACCGAAGCCUACCAGGUUUUGCAAGACAGAUCAGCAUGUACAUCAGGAUGUGAUUUUAUGGCUGCACAAAAAUUUGCUGACUUGUUGUCUAUCCUGUCAGUAUUUUACGUAGAGGACUCCAACGUUUUAUUGAUGUCUUUGGACAUGCCAGAAAAUGAUGUCAUGACUGAUCCUGGUCUGAGAAAAGAACUCCUCCCUGGAUGGUGGGACACGGAGGGCUUCAAACUGCCUCAGACGUUCAUUAAGACUGUGCCGAAGGAUGCUGAUACGAUGGGAGAUUACGGUGGUUCUUCGGUUUACUACGGAGAAACGAAGCAAUCGGUGACAAUAAACGAUUCCGAUUGGUUGCAAUGCGCAUCGCGUCACACAGGAAUACCUCGUUGGCUUCUCGGUUCGGCAAUAGCAGUUGGUGCAACCGCAGCAAUAUGGCUCCGUUUCAUAGCCGACAGAGAUGUUACAGAAGAAUCGUCCCCGACACCGUCCGCAUCAACGUUGCCUCAAAAAUCAAAUUUGACAACCAAGCUGACUAUUGUUAUUCCUGAUGAGGUGCCGUUGCACAAAACGCCGCCUCCUAAAUAUAGCGAAAUCGCGGACGUCAACGACGUCAACUUCAAGCAAUAGUCGAGUAAACAUUUUCUUGACCGUCUACACAUAUAAUAUUUUCUAAAAGGGCAUUCAGAUUAAAGUACCUAAAAGUUAUGAAAAUAUGAGGAAAAAAAAAGGAAAGAAAAAUCGCUGCGAUAAUUCGCAAGUGGCAAAAUUCAUCAGUGAGAUUUCGCUUCGAGUCUGCUUAACUUUUACUCGUGCUUUACUUUCAGAUUGAUAUUCCCUUAUAAUCAACUUUUUAUUUCAUUAAUUUUUAACGUUGGAAGAUAAACCAAAUAUCUAAACAAUUAUCGUUAACGCGAAAGUUCCAGGACUAGGAUAAGAAGGAAACGUAUCGGUUUACAUUUACACGUUGCCAUUCGUUCAAUGAUCAAAUGCAAUGGACUUUUCUUUUUGAGGAGCUUUACUCAGAUUGGUCGGAAACCGUUGGAGCAGUUUUUUAAGCAGUUUUACUCUUGCAAAUCGAAAAAUAAUGUAUUGCUCAAGGAAGAAUUGCAGAAUGGCCAAUGCUGACGAAUCGUCGAAUUCUACUUUGGUUCUCACUGCGAGAGCGCCGUCGAAAGACAACGAAAAUUUCCAGGAGAAAGAUGUACAAUUUAUAAUAAUUAUUUAGAACGAAAAUAACGAGUUUAUACCUAUUGCUUAUAUUUAAGCUCGUUAUUUGACUUUAUCACAGAAUUUGUGAUGUUUCAUGGGCUCGUUUGCCAUACAUAUCUGUUCGAAAAGUCGAUUUAUUGUUCGAGCUUUGAAAGUUAUUCUCAUUUUAGGUAUGAUUUUGUCCUGAUAUACUGACAAAUUCGUUUUUGUGAUAGGAAUACGUUAGGAAAAAUGUGAAAGUUCGAGAAGACUCAUUUGGAGGUAUGGUUAUUCUAACAAUGAAGUUUACAACGGGGUUUAAUAUUCGUACGGCUUUUUAUUCCGACCGUUGCGAUCUCGAUCGAACAUUGAUAAUAAUAAAUAUUAAUAACAAUUUUUGAAUAUAUAAAUUUUCAUUGCUAUAUUAAUAUUUGACUGGAUGGGAUACACAAAGACUCGUUAAGCUCCGCGUUUAUCUUUAUUCGACAAAUCGGUUCAUUUGUAGAAUUGAGCCCACUAAAUUUUAGCAAUUCUCAAAACUCACCAGAGUUCACCGCUACCCUGAAAUUGCUAUUUGUAACGAUCGAUGUGUAGCAACAAACGAAAAACGGAAAACUAGCGGAAACAAUUAAAAAAAAAAAAAAGAAAUUUCGAUAUUCUCGCUUCAAAACCAAAGUCGCGUGUUUUUUGUUUGGUAAAAAACAAAAUAAAUAAUAAAGCGUGAAAGCAUUAAUAUGUAGAAGUGUGUAUUACAUAAGUUUCAAAACGGUGUAGAAUUUUAGACAAAUAAAAAGAUUCAUCUCUCGUUGUGUUUCAACUUCA